AUGCUCACAAAUACAUCUCUGCUCAUUAAAAACAUCGAGGUCAUCUGCAAUCUGGAGUACGUUGUCAAUGACAAUGAGCUCAGGACUGUGCCUCCUGUUCCUAUACCUAGCCAACUGACAAGAGAGGUAACAUCUCAUUUCGCUUACUUGGAUUUAUCGAAAUUUGAUCGUGAGGUUCCUGCAUCUGCAGCCUAUCCACAUUCUACCUUUACCUCCAGCCUCCUUGUUCUCGCUCGUGAUAUCGUUCUGUCUGAUCUCCCUGAGGCUGCUCGGUUCCUCGGCAUCAAGAUCAAACACAAAUGGAGCUACGGUCCUGUGCUUUUGGAUAAAAAGAAGCACACAUUGGUUGGAGAACUAGACUAUGGGAUCUGGUACGGCGAUAUGGAGGAUCUCGCGCUGAUUGCUGCUGUGGUUAGAACUAAACCUGGCGAAGUGCAAAAGGGUAUAGCCCAAACCCUAGCAUCUAUGGGCUGCGUUCACAGGCGUCGAAAGGAUUUAAAGAAAAAUGAUUGCACGAUCUAUGGGCUAGUGACCGAUGAUAAAGACUUCUGGUUUUUGAAGAUUUCUCAUGACUCCAAUUGGAGCGUUCAUCCAGUCAUGGCCCGCUGCAGUCGGGACUGUGAGAAGGUUCUGGGAAUGCUGGUCUACUUCUUCGAGAAAGCCGUCAUGGCUUAUCCUCGCUCGAAUAAAUCUGGACAGCUUCACGCUCAGGAAUCUGACGCUGUGGGGAUCAACGACUGGGAUAUGUGUUCUAUCGAGUAA